CAAAAGGAAGGGCUGCUGCUGAGGGGGGGGAUCCCAGGCACAGUGCGUGUAUAUAAAUGAGAAGGUGGAACCCUGACAGGAGACUGAGAGGCUCACUUCCCCGGCAUGAGCAGUGUUGCUAGAGCCUGACGGAGCCGCACAGCCCUGCAUCUCAUGCGGUUCCUUUACCCAGCAGCCUCAGCAGCAUGUCCAGGAGGAAGAUCUCAUCGGAAUCGUUCAGCUCGCUGGGGUCGGACUACCUUGAGACCAGCCCGGAGGAGGAUGCUGAAUGCCCUUUAGCCCGGCUGUGCUGGAAUGGCAGCAGGAGCCCACCUCAAGAGCAGCACCCUCAGCCGGUCAUUGGACCCAAGAGGGCAACCAGGAGGAGACGGGUCAAUCUGGACUCUCUGGGGGAGAGUAUCCGGAAACUGACCUCCCCUACGCCCCAGACCAUUCAACAGACGUUACAGAGGACACUGCAGUGCUAUGAACACCAUGUCAUUGGUUGCAGGGAUGCUGAGAGGAACUUGCACAAUGCUUCAGUCCGAUGCGCUUAUGCAGAAAACUCUGGGAAGGAAGAUGCUGAGGAUAUCUCAGGAAUUCUUCAGUGUACGGCUAACAUGCUCGGUAUAAAGUUUGAAGAACUGCAAGAGAGAUUUGGUGAAGAAUUCUUCAGUAUCUGCUUUGAGGAGAAUGAAAGGGUCCUCCGAGCAGUGGGAGGUACACUACAUGACUUUUUCAAUGGGUUCGAUGCUUUAUUGGAACACAUUAGGACUUCAAUUGGAAGACAGGUGACUCUUGAAUCUCCAUCUUUCCUAUGCAAGGAGCUUGCCGACGGGACCCUACUACUUAGCUGCUUCCAUCUUCAUCAUAUUGUUGGGUUUGCCAUGAAGGGUUUGAUAAAGGCAGCAGGAAAGAAAAUCUACCAGUUAAAGGUUGAGGUGGAACAAGUGAACAAUGUGAAUGAAAAACCUUGCCCCGAUAUCAUAAGACCGGGUAACUUUAACUGUCUUACUUUUAAAAUUAAAGAAUGUGAUAAUGCAAAUCUCAUGAAAGCACCUCUACUGCAAUCAUCCCACAUCCCAUCAGAUUUGAGGAUAAGUAUUAGCACUUUCUGCAGAGCUUUUCCUUUCCAUUUGAUGUUUGAUCCAAACAUGCUGAUUCUGCAGCUCGGAGAAGGACUCAGGAAGCUGAUAAAAUGUGAGGUCCACAAAACGAUGCAGUUUCAUGACAGUUUCGAAAUAGUGUCUCCAAAAAUCAGCUGCACGUUUGAACAGGUCCUCUUGAGGCUGUCCACCCCCUUUGUCAUACGGAAUAAACCAGAUGCACCCACCUUUGAAAAUAAAGACAAGGUCAUGGAGGUAAAAGGACAAAUGAUUUACGUCCCCGAAUCCAGUUCUAUUUUGUUUUUGGGAUCCCCCCGAGUUGACAAACUAGAUGAACUGAUGGGGCGUGGUUUGCAUCUUUCUGAUAUCCCCAUACACGAUGCCACCCGGGAUGUUAUACUAGUUGGUGAGCAAGCUAAAGCUCAAGAUGGUCUUAAGAAACGAAUGGAUAAACUGAAAGCCACCUUAGAAAAGACCCAUCAGGCCCUGGAAGAAGAAAAGAAGAAGACAGUGGAUCUUCUCUAUUCAAUAUUCCCCGGAGAUGUGGCUCAGCAGCUAUGGGAAGGGAAGUCGGUUCAGGCCAGAAAGUUUGAUGAUGUCACUAUGCUCUUCUCCGAUAUAGUUGGCUUCACUGCUGUUUGUGCCCAGUGCACUCCAAUGCAAGUAAUCAGCAUGUUGAAUGAACUAUAUACUCGAUUUGACUAUCAGUGUGGAUUCUUGGACAUAUAUAAGGUGGAAACCAUAGGAGAUGCUUACUGUGUAGCAGCCGGACUCCUCAGGCAGAGCAACAGUCACGCCAAGCCCAUCGCUCUCAUGGCUUUAAAGAUGAUGGAACUUUCAGAAGAAGUCCUCACUCCCGAUGGAAGGCCUAUUAAGAUGAGAAUAGGAAUUCACUCUGGCUCUGUCCUCGCUGGUGUUGUUGGUGUAAGAAUGCCCCGUUAUUGCCUGUUUGGAAACAAUGUUACUCUGGCUAGCAAAUUUGAAUCAGGAAGCCACCCUCGUAGAAUCAACGUCAGCCCGACAACAUACCAACUAUUGAAAGACGAAGCAAAUUUUCACUUUGUACCCCGUUCACGUGAGGAGCUUCCAGACAACUUCCCAAAAGAAAUACCCGGGAUCUGUUAUUUCCUGGAGGCCGACAGCGGUCAGAAGCAGCCAAAGCCUUCUUUAACAUCGGUUAGAAUGAGAAAGGUUUCCUACAACAUCGGCACUAUGUACCUUAGGGAGACGAGCGUAUGAAACCCUCUGCAGAUUGAAGACUUUUUAGAAAGAAAUAAAAAAGCACAAACCCAAUACUGGGUCAGGAUUGUAGAGGUUCUUUCUGUUCCAAUGAAUAGUUCAGAACAGCAAGAGCUCUGCAUAAUGCCAGGCAAUAAUCAUUUUCCUUUUUGUUCAGAGGUGGGUGACAGUUGUUACGAACACAGCCUUCAUUAUUAUUGUAUAAAAUGGAUGGAGGAUAGAAGUGGAAAGAUUUUGUCUGCUUUCCAGAUAAUAUUAGUCUAUGAACAAAUGACUCGGAGCAACUGAUGUUCAAGAAAGGCAGUUCUUUUUUUGUUCCUUUAGUCUGAAAAAUAAUAACGGACUCGUUUUAAUGAUCCUCUCUUGUGUACUAACUCGUGCUUACUCAUCCGCUUACCAACGGUCGCAACUAUUCACGAAAUGUGAACGCAAACUACCUGAUCAGGGUCUACCAAUAAUCAUCAUCAGCCAACGUGAAGGUGUAAGUUAAGUGACAUCCGCAAACCAUGGGAACUCAUUUCAGUUUUUAGCACUGCAGUGGAAACAUGGCCAUUUAUUCUAAUACAACAUAACAGAUAAUUGAUUUAUAAGACAAUAGCUUUGCGUGAUUUCUAAUAUUCCAUCUGGGGCAUCUUUAGCUGUGUUAACUGAGGAGGGAAACUUUUUUUUGUAAGUGUACCAGCAGUCGCCAUGAAGGCAUGCAUCAAAGGCUCAUCUAUUUUUAUUUCAUCUGCUUCUCUUUUAUUGUGUUGUAGGACCGUAAGUGUUGAGUGUAAAUGGUAACAAAAUGCCCAUUUCCCACCAUAGCACCUGAAUGUACUUUAUGUGAAACUGCCAGAUAAUUCAUAUACAGAUAUUUAACCUCUUACUAACCUCUGCAUCAGUGUAAAUAACCACCAAGGCACUUUGAUAUAAACUGUUUGUGACAAAUCAACAUAUGACAUAUGACAACAUAUGACCCAUAGUGAAUAUAAACCUGUUCUCUUUCUUGGUGAUCCAUAAACACUUUAAAUCCCAUUCAGGCACCGUUACGCUCACUUGCAAAGAAACAUUCACAUGUGGUUCCUGGAGCCGUGUAGAUUCAAAGCGAUAAAAAUAAACACACGUAAAACAGA